GGGGGCGCCCUCCCGCGCCUUGAGGGCAUCAAGGUGGGCCACACGCAGCGGGUGGAGCUGGUGCCCGGCAGGGCCCACGCUGUGCGCACCCUCAGCCUCAAGCCGCUGCUGUUCGAAAUCCCUGACUUCCUGACAGAGGAGGAGUGCAAGCUCAUUGUCCAUCUGGCAAAGCUAAAGGGACUACAGAAGAGCCAGAUCCUACCAACAGAGGACUAUGAGGAGGCCAUGGAAAUGAUUGAAAUCAGCCAGAUGGACAUUUUCAAUCUGCUGGAUCACAAUCAGGAUGGGCAGCUGCAGCUCAAAGAGGUGUUGACCCAUACCCGACUUGGGAACGGCAGGUGGAUGACCCCCGAAAACAUCCGGGAGAUGUACACAGCGGUCAAAGCUGAUCCCGAUGGGAAUGGUGUGCUAAGUUUGGAGGAGUUCAAGCAGUUGAAUAUCCGUGAUUUCCACAAGUACAUGGGAAGCCAGAAGGUGAAGAUGAGUGACUUGGUACGCAACAGCCAGCACACCUGGCUGUACCAGGGCGAGGGGGCACACCAGGUCAUGAGAGCCAUUCGGCAAAGGGUAAUGCGCCUGACUCGCUUGCCCCCCGAGAUUGUGGAGCACAGCGAGCCCCUCCAGGUUGUGCGGUAUGACCAAGGAGGGCACUACCACGCCCACAUGGACAGUGGCCCUGUGUUCCCUGAGACUGCCUGCAGCCACACAAAGCUUGUUGCCAAUGAAAGCGCUCCCUUUGAGACCUCCUGCCGGUAUGUGACCGUGCUGUUCUACCUGAACAAUGUGACUGGGGGAGGUGAAACAGUCUUUCCUAUCGCUGAUAACAGGACUUACGAAGAGAUGUCUUUGAUCCAGAAUGACGUUGACCUGCGAGAUACUCGGAAAAACUGUGACAAGGGCAAUUUGCGAGUAAAACCUCAGCAAGGCACUGCUGUCUUCUGGUACAACUACCUGUCAGAUGGAGAAGGCUGGGUGGGGGAGCUGGAUGACUUCGCUCUGCACGGGGGCUGCCUGGUCACCCAAGGCACCAAGUGGAUCGCCAACAACUGGAUCAACGUGGACCCCAACCGCCGGCGGCAGCAGCAGUUCCAGCAGGAGAUGGAGCGCUUUGCGGGGUCUGAGGCGGGGGCCGGGGCCGGAGCCCCGGGCGAGGGGGCCCGCGCCGUGCUGGCGGCCGCCCCACUGCACGGACGGGACGAGACGCUCUGCGCUGUGGCCGGCGGCGACGGUCGCCUCCUGCUUUUCGCCUUGAGCCGCCCCGGGGCCGCCGCCAGGCUUAGGCUGUUCGAGGGGGCCGUGCACGGGCUGAGCUGGGCCCCCCGUCCCGGGCUGCCCCCCGACACCGCUAAUGCCCUUCUGGCCUCCGGGCCCGACGGGGAGAUGCUGUGGCUGGACGUCACCCACCGGCCCGGGCAGGCACCCUGGGUGCGGCUCAUGGGUCGGUACCUGCUGCCCCCCUGCAAGCAGCGCUGGCACACCUGUGCCGCCUUCCUGCCCCAAGAAGAGCUCCUGGUCUGCGGGGACCGCCGGGGCUCCCUCCUCCUCUUCCCUUGCAGCAGCUCCUCGGGGUGGGCUGCAGAAAACACCAGCAUUGUCAAUGGUGCCACUGCCCCAGUUGAGGACUCCAGCAAUGAGUUGGAGCCCUCUUGCUUGUUGCACAAAGCAGCUCUUCCUCUUGAGUCCCCACUGUCAGUGCUCUUUGGACUCCACGGGAAGACAGGAGUUACCUCCGUGACCAUCCAUGGGGGCUACAUUUACAGCACGGGCCGGGAUGGUGUCUACCGCCAGCUCCGCCUGCGGGACCAGCAGCUGGAGGUCCUGCAGAAGCACAGGCCCAGCAAAGGGCUCCUGUGGAUUGAAGAGCUGCACUUCACCUCAGAUGGGGACCUGCUUGUGCUGGGCUUUCACGCUGACAACUUUGUGGUGUGGAGCAGCAGGACCGGCGAGAAUGUCCACUGCAUCCCCUGUGGGGGUGGGCACCGCUCCUGGAGCUACUGCAGCAGCCCUUUGGUCAAGGUGUUUGCCUUUAUCAAGUCUGGGGAUGUGAUGCUGUACCACUGUGAGGCCGAGCCCUGCGAGCAGCAAGUGCUGCUGCCAUCCCUGCACGGGCGGGAGAUCACCUGUGUGCGGCGCCUGGGGGCCGUGGAGGUGCCCGGCCAUGCCACUGUUAAUUUGUUUGUCACUGGCAGUGAGGACACCACGGCCUGUGUCCUGGUGCUCAGUGAGAACUCUCGGGCAGCUGUGCCCCUUGCCCGCCUCAGUGACCACAUUUCCAGUGUGAGGACGUUGGCAGUCGCCAUGAGACCUGGAGAUGAGGGCUUUGGUGAUGAGGGCUUGUCUGCCCUGCUCUUCUCUGCAGGCGGCCGUGCACAGAUUGAGUGCUACCGGCUGCUGUGUGCUGGGGACGCAGCGUCUGAGAGUGCUGUGGCCUGCCAGGUCAUCCAUGUGGCCUCCCACCGGCUGGACAAGCACUGGGAGAAGAAGAAGAACAGGCACAAGCUUGUCAAGAUGGACCCAGAGACAAGGUACAUGUCCCUGUCAGUUGUGCCUGGGACCAGCACCAAACAGCUGCCAACACCCUGGAAGUUCCUGGCUGCUGCCUGCAGCGAUGGAUCAGUCCGGAUCUUUGGGCUGCUGGAGGCUGCUCAGAAGUUCAUGCUGGUGGCAGAGUCAUUUCACCACCAGCGCUGUGUGCUGAAGGUGGAGGCGUUCCUGCACACAUGGGCAGAAGGGGAAAGGAGGCAGCUCUUGUGCAGUGCAGCCACUGACGGCAGCAUUGCCUUUUGGGACAUCACCGGCCCCAUCAUGGAUGCGGCGGAUGCCCUGCACCAAGCAGAGGGAGAGAUGCAGCCCUUGGCCCUGGGUGCCCCGCUGGUCACCAUCAUGGCCCACAGCUGUGGCGUGAACAGCCUUCACAUCCGCGAGACACCUGAGGGACAGCACCUGGUGGCCAGUGGCAGUGAUGAUGGCUCCAUCCACAUGUGCCUGCUGGAGGUGGCCCUGGGCAGGGGUGAAGCUGCAGCAGGGACCUGCCUGCAGGUCCUGGAGCGGGUGUCCAGGCCCUGUGCCCAUGCUGCCCAUGUGACAGGGAUCCGGGUGCUGCAGCCAGAGCUGCUGCUCUCUGCCUCAGUGGACCAGCGUCUGACGCUGUGGAAGCGGUGCCCAGGCGAGCUGGUGCCCCUCAGCACCACCUUCUUCCACGUGCCUGACCUAGCUGAGCUGGACUGCUGGGAGGUGGUGGAGGCUGGGGGUGAGCUGCGGUACUACUGUGUGCUCUGUGGGCAGGGCCUGGAGAUGGUGUGUGGCACAGCCUCCUGCAAACCUUCUCCUCCACAAGAGGCUCCCCAGUAAUGGGGCAGGUGUAUGACA